AUGGAAAAGUGUGAGAAACGUAAAGGAAUGAUUUCCUCUGAAAUGAAAGAGAAAGGAAAAUUGUCAUAUGACUGUGACAUCUGUGAAAAGGUUUUCUCUCUCAAAUAUUGUGAUAUUUGUGGUAAAUCAUUCUCUGAAAAUAGUGCCUUAAUAAAACACACACGUAUUCAUACAGGAGAGAAGCCAUAUCACUGUGAUAUUUGUGGUAAAUCAUUCUCUCAAAGCACUCACUUGAUUAGGCACAAGCGUACACAUAUAGGAGAGAAACUGCAUGAAUGUGAUAUAUGUGGUAGAUCUUUUUCUCAACAUAUUCACUUAAUUGGACACAAACGUAUUCAUAGUGGAGAGAAACCAUAUCACUGUGAUAUCUGUGGUAAAUCAUUCUCUCGAAGUGGUUUGUUAACUAUACAUAAACGUAUUCAUACAGGGACACCAUAUCAUUGUGAUAUCUGUGGUAAAUCAUUCUCUGAAAGUGGUGACUUAAAGAAACACAACCGUGUCCACACAGGAGAGAAGCCAUAUCCCUGUGAUAUCUGUGGAAAAUCAUUCUAUCAAAAUAGUGACUUAACAAAGCACAUACGUAUUCAUACAGGAGAGAAACCAUAUCACUGUGAUAUCUGUGGUAAAUCAUUCUCUGAAAAUAGUGCCUUGGCAAUCCACACACGUAUUCAUACAGGAGAGAAACCAUAUCAUUGUGAUAUUUGUGAUAAAUUAUUCUCUCAAAGUGAUGCCUUAAAGAAACACAUCCGUAUUCAUACUGGUGAGAAACCAUAUCGCUGUGAUAUCUGUGGCAAAUCAUUCUCUCAAAGUAAUGACUUAACGAAACACAAACAUAUUCAUGCGAGGGAGGAAGAAAAAGGGCAGCUUUUGUAGUUGAGAUUUUUUGUGUUUUGUUUCAAUAUUUACUUUCCCUGGUGUAAGGACCCCUUAUACCAAAAACUCCUGACAACCCUACACAUUAUUCUUUCUUGAAUAUCACAUCCUGUAAUUUCAGAGAAAAGGAAAAGAAUAUAUAUUUUCAAGUGGGUGGCUAGAAUAGAUGAUGGCUUUGGUUCAACCAGCUUACCUGGGGGUCUGAAAGAAAAAUGUUUUCAAAGUGAAAAAAUGUGUUUUUUUUUAAUGUCAAUGGAAAAGAGAAGGAAAGAAAGAAGAAAAAAUGUGUUUAUAUCUAUACAGUUGGUCAGUUCUUUCGAUAGAAGAUGACAAGUUGAUUCUUGGUCUGUAAAAAUGGCAAGACCAGGUGGUUACUGUAAGGUGGGGUCUGUUUUGAUUAGGAAUAAUGAAAGUUAUUUUUCAAAAAAUUGUCUGGACUCAUUAUCAUCAUCAUCAUCAUCAUCAUCAUUGUCCAAUGCUUGGUUCCCAUGCUGGUAUGGGUUGGAAAAUCCGGAUGCAAGAAUGUUUCUAUUUAUGUAUAUACAUACACACACACACUUAUGCAUAUAUCUUAGGGUUCCAGAUGGGUUUAUAAGGAAGUUGAUGUGAUUUGCAUAUUUUCAGCCAUUGAGUUUCGGGGAGGAUUUUGCUAUGAAGUGUUGUUCCAUAUUUUUUCUGAAGAAGGUGUCAUUUCUUGGGCAUUUAUAGAAGGGAAGGAAACGAGAAACUUAUUAAACAAAUACUGCAUAAGAAACAGUAAACGCCAAGAGAAAAAGCUGAAAAACCAACUGACAAGAGCAAAAUUCUCAUCAGAGAAUGAAACCGAAUUCUUCGUGAAAGAAUGUGGAGAUGGUAGAUGUGGGAUCUGCAGUAACGCCAUCUACAAAUAUAUAGAGAGAAACAACCAAAUCAAAUUUAAAAAUUGACACACAUUCAAAGCAAAUGCAAACAUGAAAUGCAAGACAUAGAAUUUAAUAUAUUGCAUAACCUGACCCACGUGCAAUGAGAACUAUAUAGGUGAGACUGGUGAUUCUUUAUGCGAACGAGCCAGAAUUCACAGACAACAUAUCCAACAGGGAGAGCUACAAACAAUUCUACUAAGUAAACACUUGGAAACAUGUGGACAAGGAAGAUUCGAGAUCUUUCACUUUGGAAAUAUUUUUCUUUCACAUCCCCUGGUCAGCUGGCCCAACCAAAGUAAGCAUCUGUUCUAGCCACCUACAUAUAGAUGCCAACUUAAAGAAUGCCACAGUGCUGAAAUAUGCAGAUGACAU